AUGUCGGCGGAUGGUGGUUUAGAUGGCGGUCAACAGCCGACCCCAUCAACAGCAAUUGUCAAGGAUGCUUUCAGCUACAACAGCAUCAGUCGGCGCCGAAUGGAUACUGUAAGUUUGCAGGACAAUGUAUCUUUCUACCGCUUUAGGGCGGUACAAAUUUGAUUUCGCUUGCUAAUACGAUCUAUCAUUUUAGACAACAGUCACCCUCUGCGCACUUGGCCUCCGAUCCAUUUUCAUCCCGGCCAAAAAGCCCGAUUUGGAUUCUAUCGAAAAUCCUUUUGUAAUUGUCAAAAUAAAGAAGCUAAGAAGACUGUUUCAAUGCAGGAAUUAUUAGAUUUCAUACUGAAUAAUUAAAUUUUACAAUCCACCACACAUAACCUCGUCAUGUCUAUGUCUGACGUUAUUUCUGCCGUUAUUUAUUCAAAUGAACAAUCAGCAAAUUACGGGUUUUUAUCUGUUUUUGUCCUUAUUGAUUUUACCCUUUUAUGCGCACUCGACAUUUAUAUGACCUCAUCCGUAGCCUUUAUUAACUUAUUUGUAAUAUAAGCGUUUCUCGAAAAUGCGAUUUUAUUUGAAAAUAUGUUUUCCCUUAGUUAGUAAUAUUUUCUAACCCAAAAUUUACUUUAUUUUAUCGACACAUCAUUUAUUUUCCGUUAUCGGACUUUGGGAGUUCUUGUGUUUACGGAUUAUGUGUUAAAGUCGUUUACCUGUGUUAAUUAAUGACAUUUCAUAAGUUAGCACAGGUAUCUAUGGAUGCCAAUUCCACUGUGUGUGCUUGCUUUAGACUCCAUUAUUUGCUUAUGAAUGCAAAGCAGAGCGCCCAUAUAAAAACUGAUAUUUUGCUAAAACUAUUAAUGUUUUGCUUGUUCUAUUUUUCUACAAAACAAGAAAUGUUUCAUAUGAUCAGAACUGGAAAUUAGCACUUCUUGGUGGUACAAUUUUCUAAACGGCGAAAAUGUCAUCCAACUUGAAAGAAAGAAUCCUUAUCUGAUUUAUUACUGCACUUUAUUGCACCACAUCAAACAGAUCUGCUAGUUUUACAUCUAGAAAUUGAGAAAACCUAUAGUUUUCUUGAAAAAAAUCUUCGUUUGAGCAGAUUUCUCACCAUGGUUAACACCGGAUUCGAAUUUGGCUAAGUCUGUUUAUUAAAUUUCUCAUGGGCAAACUACUAUCCUUUCAAUGAAAAUGUCGCUGAGAUGCGUAACCGUAGUAUAGGACAUGUAUUAGCAUAGGGAUUGGAACGAAUUUAUUCUAGUUUCUAUGUUCGCCAAAAUUUACUGAGUACUUAAUAUAAUUACGUAAAUGCGAUUUCUUCACAAGAAAAUGACAUUUUUGAAACAAAUGGAUGAGCGAACAGAAUGCUCAAAGUUGAAAGCGUCCAUGCGGAAGGCGGCCCAUCAGUUUAUGUUGUCAGAUUGCAUUAGAUAGGUCGCGUACUGUAAGUCUUGAAUCACUUACUACCGGCGGCAUGUUUAAACUUCUUUUGUUUUAGCCAUUCUCCUCGAAUCUUAAUGGACUUAUUUGACGGUGACUUUAAGAGAGAAAUCUUUGUAGAGUAAAUUGGUAACACAAUUAAAUGCAUAGAGUGGUUUUUGUCUGACCGUCUCCUGAUAACCUGUGGACUUGUUGUGUAUGUUAAGAAGCGAUGUUAUGUAGAAUAUGUGGUAACCCUGCAUUUGAUUUCGUUUGGCCGGUUGAUUUGUAUGGACGCGGCGCACGCAUACUAGUAUCUCUUAAUGCAGUCUCGCAUAAACUUUGUCAGUAUUCUCGCCUCAACAAUCCUGGCUGCAGAAUGUGUGCCUAGGUUAUCGCUUAAUCCAAUCAAUGUUUAAUCUGAGAGUUUACCCCUACCAACAGAUUAGACGGACAGUCUGUAAUAACCCUCAAAUGCAGUGCGGAUAACAUAUCAGGACGUCAAGAUUAGAAUGAAUGUAUCAUGUUUGAAUACAUAUUAGGUUUCUCCAAUAUACAAUGCAUCGACACAACAAAUAUAUUUGUCAUUUUUUAUUAGUGAUUUAAUUAUAAAUAAAAAAAGGAAGCUGCCACUUUAGCACAUGGUGAAACAUAAAUGCAUGCACGCGAUGUAAUGCAAAAUUAACCAAUGGAUUUCGAUUAUUGAAACCGCCUUUCAAAAUAUUCAACUAUAUGCUUUCAAAAAUUCGUGGAAGUGCGUAAACCAUGCGAACAACAUCAAGGCCAAUCAUUUGAUCCUCGAAACUGAACUCUAAUGCAACCUCGCCGAUGGCUUUAAUAUAAACAAAAAUUAUUGAUUCAGCAACCACGCCCGUCUUGUUUGCUGACAGGCGCCAGACGGGAUUUUGGAACUCAAUGUUGAACGCACACACGUAGGUGGUUCACCGGACAUAGAUUUUAAAAUGAGGUAGUACAUUUAAGAAACUUGUUUAAAAAUAUAAGAAAAAAAUAGAAGAAAAAUUCAUUUCCGUGUGCAAUUUUGCUACUCCCAAAGAAGGGGUUUUCUAGCUCACUGCAAUUGAAUUAACUUCAUAAAUACAUGCAGCUUGCUUUCAUUUUAUUUUUUCAUUUUAUUUGAUAAGGAUGAUAGGCAAAGCCUUUGAAAACCCUAUUGAUAACAUGUCAACUCGUUAGAAAUAACUGUACAGUAACAAUGAAAAUGUUCGCUAUAUACAUAGUACUUGAUUCAUUUGAGUAGCAUUGUCACAGAGAAAAAAUAUGUGGGGAACCGGGGUGUUUAGCUCAGAUUCAGACUGUUGAGGGAAAACAGGGGACACAAAUAAUCAUCCAAGCGUUUCUUGAAGAGUUGCAGUGAUGUCGCCUCCACGACUGACUGAGGGAGAUCGUUCCAUUUCUCCACAACCCUUUGCGUGAAAAAUUCAGAACGAAGGUUCAGCCUGGACAUUGUUGUCCGUAGCUUCAUCGAGUGGCCACGAAGAUUGGGUGAAAGGUGCCACUGAAACAUGUCCUCAAAGUUAAGUCCAUGCUCAAGGCCAUUUAUUAUCUUGUAAACCAGGAUUAGAUCACCUCUUUGCUGCCUGUAACACAGAGGGAAUAGAUUAAGGCAAUUCAGUCUGUCCGUGUAGGAUUGGUUUUUUAGACCGUAUACCAUCUUUGUUGCCCUACGUUGCACCCGUUCGAGGCAUGCUUUGUCCUUUACAAGCCAUGGCCGCCAUGCUUGUAUGCCAUAUUCUAAGUGGGGCCGAACGAAGGUGCCGUAAACUCUCCCAAAAAGGUCUUGGUCAAAGGUAACGAACGCCCUUUUGAUUGCAUGCAGCACUCCCAUUGCGUUUUUUGCAGCCUUGUGGCACUGCAAUGUUGGUUUCAAAUUGUUCUGUAGUCGGGCCUUAUGGACAAGUUUACUGUACGAUACAUGCAAUUAGUUGUUGAGUGUGUUUGGUUUUUCUUAAAAAGGCCCUUGACAGUAAAGCCGACGUAUUCGUUUGUUUAAUACACCAAACAAAAUUUCGUCGUAUAUCACACUGCCAUGCACUGAGGAAAUCGCUUAACACGUAUAACAUUCUGCAAAAAUUGAAUAAUUUCAUUGAUUCUGUUUUCAUGACUUUCAGCAAGCAAAAGUAAUGAAAUGUGUGAAUGGCUUAUCGUACACUGUUUGAAAAAAUGCCGACCAGUCCUCGGAAAUGUAACAUCGCAAUAUAUGCUGAAUCUGCUUGCGAAACUAGAUAUGUGAGUACUGCAUUCACUUGUGCGACUGAAAUUCUGAAAAAAACUAGACUGCAUUUCCAGUUUUCACAUUUGAGAUAGUUGGCAGGUAUUUCGAUUGUUGUCAACUUGCUCAGGAAAUAAUCGAAUGCAUUUGCACGGGAUUCUGUUGUAAUCAUUGCGUCCCCGCAUUUACAUAGGCGACACGGCUAUAAGUCGGAGGAAUAAAAGAAAAAUUCGGUUUUUGAAAAAUAAACGAAUUUGCAUAUACGCUCAAAGGGGCCAUUUACAUACGUCAAAGUACAUGCCCAAAUGCUAUGGAUAAUGUAAAGUUUUUGAAAGGCAUGCAUUUAAAAUAAAUAGCAAGGGGUUUUUAAAUAACGGAUGUUGCCAUAUCGUUGGAAUAAAAAAAAUUAGACCCACAAUGCAAAUUGACGACAUGUGAAUUAUUAAUGCCGAUUGAUUCAUCAGCAGCUAAUGUCCAAAAAUAAGAGCUACUAUAUAUCUAAAAAAACUAUGAUAUUCAUCAAAGGCUAACGCUAAAUUUUUAAAAGAGAACAAAUCUGGUUCUCAGAAGCAGAAAGGAAACCUAUUACCAUCAAAUUUACACAUGUGACAAAAACUGAACAGAACAACCAUUCGCUUUUGCCACAUGAUUCAAACGGCGACUGAGCAAAUGUGCGCAGUCCAGUGAUUUUACGUAAAUUCAUGGGGGUUUCAUUGGCAGAGUACAUUUGUGAAUAUCUACUGACGGACAACGUUUAAUAGUACUUCAUGUUCAAUUUGCCCAUCUUUGAAUGAAUACUUACUGAACUUAAUAGUCUUAAGAAAAUAUGAUUAAAAUCCUCAAACCACUUCAGUUGCAUAAGCUCGCUUUCAGGUAUUAUUUGUGCUUCUAACUACAUAAAAAAGCAAAUGACUACAUGCCGACUGUUCUUGAGUGUUAUUUCUUCGAUAUAAUACAAUAGGGUUUGUUGAUUCCUGAAAUGUCAACCGAAAUUCCGAUAUGUAUUUCGGUAUCGGGAAGGCCAAUUAAAUAGCGUCAAUAGGCUAAUCAUGUUGCAGUUUUACCCUAUAAUAAUUCAGUUACCUAUAGGUAUUUUCUUACCAUCGAAAUUCUUUCUGCCUGCAUGCAGAUGCGUUUUCUCUGUAAAAGUGGACAAUAAUGUAACGUGCAUUUUCCCAUUGUUUUGCGAUGUCCUUACAAAAUUAAUUUUUCUCCUAGAAAGCAUGCAUGAGAUAUUCAAUACUUCUAUUAUUCGGUAAAAAGCGAUGCUUUAUUUAAUUCCACAUUCGAAGGAGGGGAAUACGUCGGUUUUAAAGUAGCUUUUAAUUGUACCAUUUUUAGUACUAUAAAAUGGUUGAUCAUAAAGUGCCAUAAUUCUGCAUUUACCAAAGUUUCUUGAUUAGUUUACAAAAACGUUCAAAUCCAUUGCUAAGUGGAUUGAGUUCCGUAUGGUCUCCUCUUAAAAUAUAAGACUUGCAAAUUUAAAAAAAUGCUUGUGCAAAGAAAGUUUGGGCUAAAAAAUAUUAUGUAAUUCGAAACGUUUUAAAAAACAAAAAUACAGCAUUCUUUCGAAUACGAAAUUGAAGAAAGAUGUCAGUUUCUAUAGAAUUUGCAAAGAAACAAAUAUUAAUUUAUGUUUACCAUGAAGUAUGCUGAAAUUGUUGAGGGAAUAGUAACAAUUAAGAAACAGGCAUACUGCACAAGUAGUCAUUUUACAGAGUAGAUUAUUUUCAUUCAGCCGUGCAUAUGUUUAUUCUAAAGCCAGCAUCAUAUGGAAACUAAAUCAUUAUAGAAUUAUAAACGUCAAGGGUUGGUUUUGGACAUUCACCAAAUUAAUUUUUUUUCAAAACCAAAAGACGUUUGAAAACUUCGGUUGACAUUUCAUGAGUUAGCCCAACUACUAUUUGUAGAUACUUUUUUCUGUCUUCUAUGUUGUUACACUGCAUAAAACCUCGUCCUUACAUUCAAAUAAUAUAUCAGCGCCGUCUUCCUGGGCACUCAAGUUACGAUGGGGUAGGAAGAGAACAGUCAGCUAACAUUCCUGGACGUCCUCGUCUUCCGCAAAGAUCGCGAUGGCCUUAAAACCAAAGUCUUUAGGAAAGCGACAAAUACGACGCAAAUACUGAACCGCAAUAACAACCAUCUGAUCAGUAACAAACGCAAGUCUGUAAGGUCGCUAUGCCGGCGCGUUGAGAUGCACUGCAGUGAAAGGGACGACAACGCUGCUGAAUUAUAUUGUCUUCGACGGGUAAUGAGAGUUAAUUAUUAUCCCCGCAGCUUUGUCCAAAAGUGCAUAUGAAAACGACACCAGAGACCAAAUCCAACUAUUCACAGAUCUAGAAAUAUUUGCGAACACCCACAUCGAUCAGUGACCAAGGUAGACGCGGGUCACGCAAGGGUUUCUUCUUCGGGCACAGGAUGGACCCUGUGGUCCAGCUGCAGUCGUAUCUGAUGUUUUCAGUAAGCGCUAUCCAGUCACUUCGGGAAGUUAAAUGGGAAACUUUAAAUGAUAUGAGAUGCCUCAUUAGGGUCUAACUUAUUCCUAGAACUAAGCAUCCGCACGAGGAUAAAGCUGUGUAUUUUGUUAAUUUUACCAUGCCCAUAGACGUUCUAAAACUUUUGUGGAUAGGCGCCGAUUUUACGACCAGUAUAUUCUGCUUAGUAGAAACAUGUAAGUAAGGGAAACUACAUGCAGGUGGUUUAAGCCGGUAGCCCCUGCUUCCUCAAGUAUAAGUUGGCGAAAAUAGUUUUGAUUUCCGGCGUCAUUAUGCUGAGUUUUGCCGGUAGUUUAUUUAGAUUACCUAAAUUUUAUCUGACAGUAAGCUUGCUGUUUCGAGCGGGUCCUGACUUAUUCAAAUUUUUUUCGUCCACUCUGCUGCCGAAAAGGUUUGUUUUCUCAUCGCCCCAACCAGAUAACGUUUCAUUUUAGGAUAACUACACCGACACAAUGUCGAGCAUCGACCAGUUAAUUUGUGCUUUUUAUGUAUGGGUCAUCGAAUGAUGCCGUCAGCUCUUUUGUUUCGAACGAUGUGUGGGAGAGUCAAAGCGCCAGCUUUUCCUAACUCGAGCAUAAACCUGAUCGACGAGGGUGCUUGAUUGACAGCAUCGGGGAUGUUAUUUAUAUUAUUUUUUCAGGUAGCAGUUACGAUUAUUUCGUCAACGUAAUGACCUUAGUUCCAUAGUUUAUUGCUUUAAUCAUCUAACCGAAACUUUUGCAGCUUGCCCAUGAAGACAAAUUGCUAGGAGAAUGCCCAGAGUCGUCCUAUAGUAACUUUGUCUUUGUGCCUUUAUAUUUCACUUCCAAAAGGAACCGCCUAUUUGUGUGUAUUUAGGUACUAGUUCCUUGGAUGAGUCCAUUAGCAUACCCACUCCUUCCUAGCUGAUUGACAGGAAUUCAAAAGUGCAGAUGACUCUCCCUGUGCCUGGAGAAAAAAGGAUAAACUAUCGGUCCAGAUCACAUCUAUGUGUUUUUCCUUCUCCACUUGUUUUCACGCAGCAGGCUAUAUUGGUCGAACGAAUCGGCAUCUUUCAACAUGAAUUCCAGAAGACCUCUUGACGCGGCUGAGAAAAUCUGAAUUAAAAAGCACACGUACUCUAUCCAAGCAUAUAUGGUUGAUUCUGGGCAUCGUUUGGACUCCAAGUAAACCUCCCAUGAAAUUUAGAAUGUCCCACCUAAGUAGCAUAAGCGAAUGAGCCAGCCCUUACUACCAACAACAGAUGCGUCCGCGAUCAGGCUACGGGGGCCGAUCGUGAGCGCGAAGAACCUCCAACGCGGUCCGCGUCUAACGUGUGAUCGUACAACUAUUCCCAUCUCUUAUGACACGGCUCUGCCUAAUCAAAACUGCCACUUACUGUUUUCUCCCUCCCUAUUCACACAUCCCACUGGCAUGAAAAGGCGAACCUUGUGUGUCAUCCCAUGAAUGUCAACUGUUUGAUAGUCAGAACAGACGACUCCAUAGGACUCAAGAAUGGGCUGUGUGCUUGAACAGCAUGCCAGACUGACAGACGUGACCCCUAGUGUACGUGCGUUAGCAAAUACCCUUUAAAUUCACAAAGGUUAUCCAACAGCUAAAUUGACAGGUCAACAUCAAAAGCCGUUUACUGUUAAAUUUUUUUUUGUAGAGACAACUGAGGCAUCAAUUGAUUGAAGGAACAAGCUUUCUAAAAAUUAGGAUAAAUUUUCUGCCACGUGGCAAUACGAAGCUUGUUUGAGGUACAUUAAGUUCUUUGUCUUUGUCAUUGAUUUAUCCUACAAAAUUCCUGCUCUGAUAUUCCGCAUAUGAACAAAGUAUAUUCAACUAAUAACGAUGAAACAUAUGCCAUCUAUUCCUUAGUAAUCAUGACAAUCUGUCCAUCAAAGUGUGUUGUCAAUAUCAGUGUUAAAGUUGUGCAAAAAUGGCAUAUCGGAGAGGUUCACGGUAAAGCACAAAAUCUAGUUUCUUUAUCUUUAACAUCACAAGAAACUACAACGUUAGGGAUGCAGUUAUUGGAAACGGAUUUUCAUAUAUUUCGCCACCAGAAUGACUGCCUCAAUAAUACGUGGCAGAUAAACUUCAGCUGGCAAUUAAUUGGGGCUGUAAUUAAUGUCAUGUGACCCGGUAGAUAAUGAUAUCAAGCAUAAAGGCGGCGACUUCAAUAUAUUAGCUUUGGUAAAGACUGAUAAGUCUAAUUAAGAUUUCACAGCCACUUAUUUAGUCCCAGAAACGUGUUCUUGUCGUUCUUGUCAGUGUGUCUCUUGGGCUGAAAGUCGCUUGCUAAACACCUUGUCUGCACUUGGUUACUACAUGCAGGUGACUUAAGUUUACUUACAGCGUCCCUCAGAAGCAGUGUGACAUCAAUGAAUGCUGACCAUAAGUCAAUGGUAAAUAUAACUUUUGUAAAACGAAUGCCGACCUGCACGCCACAGUACCGUCUGACAAAACAGGCACUUUUGCACUUUAUGGGAUGGGAUUACCAAGUAUUCCGAGCAUUUAAAUGACAAAGAGAAACCUUACUAAAAUAGGCCAUUUCACUGCAUACAUCAAAUCAAUGUUGCGAAAGUUCUCGUCUUCAUCAUUUGGUGAUAAUCACCAAAAAAUAAUACCAUACAGGACUACAUGAAAAUAUCACUUUUCUGCAGUUAAAUAUGAUAACUCUCUUCCGUUUACUCUCCUCGAGACCUCGACUGUAUCCAGUAAACACUGCAACUCCAAAAAAUUAAAACAUCCAAAUUAAUUUCUCUUAUUUUGACAGCCGGAAGGAUUCUAGAAAAUUAACUCCUAGAAGUGCCAUCUGUUAUCACCAUGUAUAUCUCUCAACUAUACAUUUCCUGCUCAAAUCUGAUUUUGCAUAAAACUAAAGGUUGUCAUUGUAGCCCAACGAGAGUGUGAUUACAUAUCAUAUCAUGACAAAAGGAGUAACUCCUCAGGUUUCCCUGCGGGUUUAAAUUGCACGCUAACAUAGCAAAGAUGCAAGUUGUGUACACUGUCCAAUGCAUCCAUUUCGGUGCAAAUGUUUGAAAAAACCCGCUGAACCACCGUAGUUUGUUGAAAUUAAUAUGAUAGCCGCACUGGCAACUGCAUAUUUUCUGAGAUUGAUUGUCGUAAGCCGACGCCCACGCGAAGAAGAUAAGCACCGUAUAUUGAAUCAUGAAUUUCAGAGGGUGGGCGGUGGUCUCUUAGGCUUGCUCUUGUCUGCUGUAGCUUACAAGCAUAUUUGAAAAUAAUUGCAUGCGAAAGAGAAAUAUCAUAAGGCGAAGCCCAACAAAUUGAGACGUUUGGACACUGUUGGGAAUCUCAAGUAAGUGUUUCAGUAACUUUGGUUAUCUGUAUCUUGAACUGAUGGUCUUCUAUCUCUUACGUAUUUGACAUUUUGUAUGAUAUGUCAGUUUGUGUACUGCUUACCUAACCUUUCGGAGACCGUAAUUCGGUUACAAGUUUUGACGCAUUUAACGCAUUUUAUCUACUAGGGCUCUGAGCAACUGGUUAUGCCUGAAGGUCUUGGGUAGAUUAGUUUUUCAUGUUUCGUUUUCUCGACCCUAAAUCGGAUAAUUUGGGACUUGUAAUCACCCUCUAUUAUUAGUCAGAGAUUCAGUGGAUGACCACCGAACCUCUGUCUGACCUUGGAGCAGAAACGCCGUUAUGGUUUUAGGUGUUCACCGUUCCAAUGCUGAACUGUUAUCGGCUUCCUCAACGACUAGUGUUAGGUUAUUAUCCUGAAUGGGCGCCUCAUUUGUUCGUCUUUUGAAUUCCCACUUUAAAAACAUACAUAAUGCAUAGACGGUUAGCAGCAGUCCCUCCCUGGUUUGCAUGGAGUACAGAUUGUACUGCCUUGUAGUUAAACAUUAUGUCCAUAAAGUAUGCAUGUAUAAGGAGCUAACAUAAGAAACGGUAUUCAAAUACACUUAUGAAGACGAGGAAUGCCGUGUCAUAAUGCACUGGAUAGCAAAUUUUAGUUUGAACUUUUUUGACACGGCCCACAGUUUCACUGCACAAUCGAGAAUGCAGUGGUUCUGAUUAUGUCAGAAGUGCCCAUUAGUCGAUAAAUACAAACACGUGGGUUCCACAAAGUGUUUGAAAUGGGGGGAGGAAACGCGAUCAAUGAAACUUUAUUUGUCGGAUUUCCGGAUCUACUUUUGAACACAAAAUCUGAUUGUAUUGGAUAUAUGUGCUUCAUUGAUAAAGAGGUGCAUUCAAUUUCAUGGCUUAAAAUGCUGAAAUGACAAGAUGACUUAGUCUUAUCCGUAGGGCGGAGAUUAAGGCUGCAGUGGUUCCUUUUUAUAGUGGUCAGUACAGGACUCUCGCCCUGCCGAAACCUAAGUCGGCACCCAGAAAUGGAAGUACUGAAGCGGACAGGGAUACUCAGCAUUUACGCCAUGCUGAUAUGGCUUUAACUGCGUUACAGAGGCCACCUGCUGAGGAUCGAAAAUGAGACCCUACUUAAAUGACUCAUCCAUGGAGAUGUCCCAACGGUUUCCCGCAGACAAGGACGCGAAGACCGUCGGUACAAGGACAGUUUGAAAACUUCCCUGAAGCCACUGUAUAUCAACACGGCGAACUAGGGAGACGUCGCCCAGGACCGAUGACCUAAAUGAGUAUAUUGAAGAAUGACAGAGCGAUCUACGACGCCAACCGCAUCACCGCCAGCCAAGCCAAGAACGAUGAUUGCAAAUCUAUACUGCGACCAAAUUUUCACGUAAAUGCUCAACUAGCUACGAACUGCCCACCCUGCCAGAGUAAUCUUCGGACAUCAACCAACCAUGUAGAGAAUCGUCUUAAUAAAUGCAGCAUUUGGAACACACCGGAUGCUGUCAUCUUGCUAGCUAUGCCUCAUUAUUCAUGUACGAAACCCAAACUACAUUAUCAUUCAUCUCCUCCACUCCCUCAUUAUCCGCUACGGCGAUUAAUGCAUUCACCAACACUGCACACACUCCUGAUACACCACCAAUUACCAAACCCUUUACCAACAACGGCAUCAUCAAGCGCUGUGGCCUGAAAGCGUGCUGACUGGCGUCCAAGUCCAGUACACGCAUUCUGCCCAUUUGCGUGUGUGUGCAGCAAUCUUCAAGGACAACCACCACCAAGGACAUCAUCAACGCUCAAUCGUCAACGACGUUUUUUACGAUGCCAACAGACAUUGCGGACGCCAAAUGGACUUCGUGGACAACUGUGGACCAAUGGCCACACUCGGACUGCACCAAUUCUCGUCUCUUCGUCCACCCCUCCCUCGCCUCUCACGCCGUUACCUGAAGUUGGCCGGUCAAUUACGAAUCUAUCAUACAGAAGGUGGUGAACCAGCACCCGAAGCACUGACUUUCAUCCGCCGCAUCGACCUCAACUGUCCACACUGCCCUCUCAUAUGCAUGCACUGCAUGCGCCUAUUCGGCCAAAUGCCUAUUACAUUCGUUAGCACACCCACCGCGCCCAGCCUUGCCAACACCCAGUCGCACAACAUGCCCGCCACCACCAACUCCGACAUCACCAUCACCGAGGCUGAUACUUACACCGCCAACUUCUCGUGUCAACACUGCCCCCGUAAAUUAAACUCACACAUAGGCCUGAUCGGUCACUUUAUAUUCCAUAGCCCAGGGACCGGAGAAUCAGUACCUGCCGUACCAACCUGCACUGGUUGCAUACGCCUCCACUGUCCGCACUGUACUCACACAUUUAUUUACAGCUAGCUCGUCGACAGAACCUGCGGUAGACAACCACCGGCUGCACCGCAUCAUCGCAUCCUCCCGCACACUAUCUCGCUGCACAUCAGCAUCAUCCACCUCAAGCAACAAACCAACAUUUCCCAUACAAAUAAGAUGCUUGUGCCACGGCUUCUUCUCCAUGCGACAAUCCUGCUGUAUGCGCAAUGGGAGUCUGAGACGGAGAAGUUGCGUCGAGCGCCUUGUCCCGACGGCAGCCGACUGAGGCUCAUACUCAGCUCACGUCGUGUGCCCAGUUAUGUGUGUGUGGUAUGUAUAUCUGAAAAUUGCCUUGUCUUUGCCUUCCCACCACCCAUAUGCUUACUUUGAGCUAGCCCAACGGCGUGCUUACCUUUCAGUCGCCGCCGCCGCCACCGGGAAGCAGGUGUCUGUGAAGUAAUUUUUGUGCUAGCUGAUGGCUGUCCUCGGUCGCAAAUUCCGCCAAAAUCAGGACUUUUUUGAAGACAAUGACGCUGACAUUAGCAUCCUGAUCGCCGACAAGAACCGUCUAAACAUAGCUCAUGCCAAUAGACCUUCCGACAACAGAAAGCAGCCUACAACAGUAGUCGCUCUCCUGCGCAAUGGCAUCUGUAGGAGAUGGAGGACGCCAGGAUGGCUCGCAAUAUGGAGAAUAUCCAAGUGUACGCGUGCCGUUACGAAUGGAAAAGAUUUUUCGUUACGAUCAUGGCUGUCAACGGUCAGUCAAAUGAGCCGCUCUUCGAAUCAGCGUCGACGGAGCUACCCUACUUACUAAGAAGGCGCAAAUUUCGUGGCGUUAGGCGAGCACUUCAAAGGCAAUCUCAAACGUUUCUCAGCCAUCUUCGUCGCGGCCUUGCUUGUCCGCCUCAACUGGGGGCGGACUCCGACUUCGAUCCUCCGUGUCCACUUUCCGUCAAGGCUGUGUCAGCAGGCAAAUAAGAACACAUGUGCAUUCACGAAAACCUUCGUAAGAAAACCGAUAGUCACACCACACAACGACAUUAAUCGUCAUAAACAAACCCCUGUCACCUCCCAGGCAUAUGGGACGUGUGCUUCUCGGCCGCGCCUCCAUACAGCUCCUCUGCUGCAUGCGUGAUGCAAAGCCGACACUUUCACAGUACACUGAGCGCUAUGGCUUGGAAGGCUGCCAACUGAUGGCCCAAACCGGUGCACAGUGUCUGCCAAAUUUUGCUUGUUUGUCUGGAGUGGCAGAUGGGCGGGCUGACAUCCAGGUAGCUGCAUCUUAUUCUUACAAUGAACUCCGCUAUACCCGCGCAUGAUUAGCUGUAUGUCACAGAACACCUACUGCGUGAAAAACUGGUGCACAUGUUUGGCACGCCAGACAGUGAAUAUGAGGCAGUCAAGAUCAUUAUAUAUGGCAACACCCGCCCCUGAUACCCGUACCUGUCAAGUAACCUGCUCGGACAGUGUCUGCAGCCUUGGCAGAAUGACGUCGAAGACUCUGCGCAUUUUUCUCACUAUACGCUAUCUCACGUGCGUGACACUAUUACGGUGAGCUAAAAGUCGAGGUUCCAAAUUUUUCAAAUAACAGAAUUGCUUGAAUAUUGCAGUCUGCCCAAUGUUUCUUUAUUUGGAUCUUCACACUUGGGCCCUCGUCGUUCAAACUUUCGUGUGUGUAUUUGUGUGUGUGUGUGUGUGUGUGUGUGUGUGUGUGCGUGCGUGUGUGUGUGUGUAUGUGUGUGUGUCAACCAGCACAGACUCUUGCUUCAUCUAAGGACGGAAAAGUCUUAGGAGAGGCUGCAAAAUGCACGCCUGAGGUCAGCCUCGGAACGUUAGGAGAACCGCCACCACCAUCAACGUCAGCAGUAUAUUGGAGCGUCCUCGACCAGUGAAGCGCCCGAACCCCCCGUCCGCCUCUCUGUGAAGGCUCUCAAGGAGGAGUUUUAUCGCAAUUCCCGUAUCGCCGUCUCCCGCACCUCCUCCAAUCCGACAGCUUCGGCCGCAGGUCUGGCCGAAGUGGAUGCCAAAAGGACCGUCAAGCAGCCAACCGGCAGCCACGGAAACUCCCUGCCUACCUCGCCGGCUUCACCGUCGCAUCAACCCCUCUUCCAGAGCCGUCUGGGCAGGGCGAAUCAGUUCGUUGAUUGCUCUUCUUGA